UUUUUUGCCCCUCCAAUAAUUUCCGCACCACCCGUCGUCGUCUCGCCUUCGCACGCACGCCUCUUCCCCCUCUCCCACCGUCCCCCCUCCUCUCCCCUUUGUCGCCUCCCGAAUCCGCCCAGAUCUCGCCGGAAUCCGCCGCGUCUCGCCUGUAUUCGCCCCCGGAGCCCGUGGCUCCGUAGGCUCCCAUCGGAGGAAGGGGUCGGUCCGUCCGGGGGGGCGGCGGAUCUGUGGAGGGUCCUUGGAGGCGGGUCGGCGGGGGAGCGUCUCGUCGCGUUGGUGGUGGCGGUGGUCGGGGAUUCGGAGGUGUGAUUCCGAAGGGAUUCGUAGUCUGCCGAGCCGAGCUGCGGGAUGGACAUGGAGUACGGGACCGCGGACAGUAGCGGUUCCUGCCGGUGACAGGCUGGGAAUUGGUACCUGCCGGCCGGUUUGAACCAAGUCAGGUAACAACAUUUGAAGUGUUAUGCUCACAAACUUGGCAUUGGUUACAGGAACCGAUGAUGAUCUUCCACCACCAUAUCAGAACAGCAGAGGUAUGAAAGGUAGUGGACGUAUCAGUGGUAAUGGAAGAGAAGUUGGUGCUGGUCCAUAUACUAGAGUUCAACCUCAGACAGAUAUGGAAACACAAAUACAUCAACUUGAACAAGAAGCAUAUUGUUCAGUUCUUCGAGCGUUCAAGGCUCAGUCUGAUGCUAUCACAUGGGAAAAGGAAGGUCUCAUUACUGAGCUUAGGAAGGAGCUAAGAGUAUCUGACAAGGAACACCGGGAGUUGCUAAACAGGGUGAAUAAUGAUGAUAUUAUCCAAAGAAUAAGGGAAUGGAGAGAGUCAACAGGUGGGCUUCAAAUGAAUUUGGUUAAUAAUGCUCAGCAUUCGCAUGACCCCAUGCCCAGUCCGACCACCUCUGCUCGCAAGAGGCAGAAGAUAUCUCAACCCAUUCCUUCUGCAUCUGUACCUGCACCAUCUGUUUUGCAUUCACAACCCUUAACUGCGCCAAUGCAACCGUCAUCUUCAGGAGCAAAAAAGGCAGCUCCACCUGGCACGAAAGGGAAAAAGACCAAACCAGGCCAAAAGCUACCUGGUGCCCCGGCAGUCAAAUCUAUGCCAUCUUCUGUUGGUCCUGGUGGGAGGGGAUCAAUUAUGAAUAGAAACAUUUCUGGUGGCCUUCCUCCUGAAGGACUACGAUUAGAUCCAUUAAUCGGCCGUAAAGUCUUGACUCGGUGGCCUGAUGAUAAUAACUUUUAUGAAGCUGUUAUAACUAAUUAUGAUCCAGGAAAGGGUCACUAUGAAUUGGUUUAUGACAUGGAUACAGCACAUGAGACAUGGGAGUGGGUUGAUUUUAAACAGGACUAUGAACGGAGGACGUCCACCGUAUACCAAGUGCUCGAACUAGGCUCAAAAUCACCUGGACUAGUGCUUUGUUGUUUGAUGGCACCCGAAGAUAUAAGAUGGGAAGAUGAGGACCCUGGAAUAAAUCAGCAAGGUCAUGGUGCUCCCGUUCAUGGUGGUAAGAAGUCAAGCAGUCGUGGUGGCCCCAUGUCAGGUGCCGGAAGAGGCAGAGGGCCCCAAAAGAACUCAUGUAGGAAAGAUUUUCCACCUUCACAAAACGGUGUUGGGAAGAAAAGUUCCAACUACAUAGAAAUACUCCAUACGGAAACACUCAUAAAGGAGGUGGAUUGUGUUUUCAGCGCAGGCAACCCUGACCCCCUUGAGAUGGAGAGGGCAAAGAAAGUGCUAAAGGAGCAUGAACAAUCUUUGGUCGAUGCGAUUGCAAGGCUUGCUGAGGCAUCUGAUGCUGAAAGUGAUGAUCGUGCACGAUCUUUGGAGUAUAACCGCGGAUGGAGGAACGAACAUGGGGGAAGAUAUCCAGAUGAUAUGGCGAUCGAUGGCCUCAUGGCUGGAGAUGCUGAUGCCCUGUAAACAAUUGCUGAAAUGUACACAAAAUUCCUUGAUUAGUUUUUAUCUGUUGUAAAAUCCUAACGCUGAUUUAUUCUAGAUUUAGCUCUAGGUAAUUCUAAUUGGUUCUAACGAAUGAAUCAGUUGUUAGGAUCACCGCUCUGAUUGUUUCGCUUUUGAAGAGUUGCAGCCCAGCACAUGUUUGACACUGUAAAUUUAGAUUUGGAGCUAAUUUUGUUGUCCUGUAAUCUUUGAUAUUUGGCUUCGUAGUUUUCCAGAAGAAAGGCCUUUUUCCAAA